ACGAUACUGUAGUUACCGUGAAUAACUAAAGCUGUCAAGCUUAGAGGCUACCUGAAACCACAAGAUGUUGCGGCUUUUUGCUUUAGUGGCGACUCUUUCAUACCUGACAGCUGCAUCGGACCGCGUCCCUCGCAGCUGUGGCACUUGCGACCCCAGCCUCUGCGAUCCUCUCCCCGCCGACGGCUGCCAGUUCGGCACGCUGCAGGACUCCUGCGGAUGCUGCUCGCAGUGCGCGGCUGGCCCGGGCGAACCUUGCGGCGGACGCGGGUCCGUGGCGAAGCGCUGCGCCUCCGGACUCGAGUGCGUGAAGAACGACAAAGUGAAAAAGAGUAAACUCGGUGUUUGCAUCUGCAAGAGUGACUACGAAGUGUGCGGCACUGACGGCGUCACGUACAAAACCGGCUGUGAUUUGAAAGCUGCCAGUUUAAAAGCCGUGAGCGAGGACCAGCCUGAAAUUAAAGUCCAAAAUAAAGGGAAAUGCGCUCAAGCUCCGGUCAUCGUCACAGCACCUGCGGAAGUGUGGAACGUCACUGGCUCCCAGGUCUACCUGAGCUGUGAGGUCAGCGGCAUCCCCACCCCUGUGCUUACCUGGAAGAAGGUCUCCAGCAUCAAAGGAAGGGCGGACAUGCUCCCGGGAGACAAGGACAACCUGGCCAUCCAGACCCGCGGGGGCCCAGAGAAACACGAGGUCACCGGCUGGGUGCUGAUUUCACCCCUCACUGAGUCGGAUGAGGGGACAUACGAAUGCCAUGCCGCCAACUCCAAGGGAGAGGCGUCGGCCGUGGGCACCAUCCACGUGGUAGCCUCCGUCGAGGACAUCCCCACCAAGAAAGUCCCAGCAGCCAAGGAUGAGGAGCUGUGAGGCGUUUGCUGAUCGCCCCCUGGUGGUGGCUCUGGAGUGGAACACUCCCCCAUCACACCUGCACUGUAACGAGUCCCAGCUUCUGUUUCCCUUAUGCUUCCCUGCUCUGGUCUUUUUUUUUUAUUUAGACAAAAAGCUGAAUUAUUUCUUUAAGAAUGUGCCUGUGUAACUGCUUACUGUGGGAGAGGUCAGAACACCUGAUCAGAACACCCAAGCUGCCCAACUGACAAAAGCGUGUCAAUUUGCACUUCAUGGAAUGGUUUGUCUUUACAAGGCCAGGUUCAUCACUUUUCAUGUACACCAGCUGUGAGAGAAUGAGAUUAAAUAUGAAUUCGUUACACAGCAACAUCUCAGGAGAGGUAAGUACACAGAGGUUUAACUCCUUAGUUGCCAGUGAAAGCACAUAACCACAGAGGGGUUGUGCUCUACCAAAGCAACCUCACAGAAGAGACUUCAGCUGGUCGUUAUGUGUUAAGGGGAAGAGGGGCACAAGUAUAUGACCUCAUAACCCCACAGUACACACAAGACAUCAUUAGCUACAGAAAUAAGACAGGUUGAGGAUAUUCAAUAACAUGAAACAAGUGAAUGGUUUUAAGAUGGUUAAAGAUGGGAUUUGUGUCCGAGGGCACAAAAAUUCAAAAAUUGGAAGGGAAAUCCGUGUGUGAAGCUUGUAUUCUACAAGGGAUUCUGGGUAAACUUUGUUCUUUUCCCGGUGUAUUUCCAUAAUCAUUUAGAAAUAAAUCUCCAUUUUAAGUCAGUCACUGAAUGCCAAUAAUCCUGUACAAUAAAUCAAAAGCAAUUUUAAUUGACGGACCCUACACACAUACUGAACUAUUGGUGCUAAUACUGUUUACCUGUGACGUAACAGUUCACAGACAGGUCAUACUCAGUGCUUGUGUAGGUUGUUACUCAUUCUAACUGAAGAUGAGGGAUUCAGCCAUGGCUUUUAAAAUACCAAAUAUAAAGACCCAUGAGAACUGUACCCAUGUGUAAUCACGCUUGAUGUAUGGACUACUAAUAAAGUUCUUUUUUAAUGAUGUAAUGCACAUACUUUUUUCCACUAAUAAAUUUA